GCGUCAUUUCCGGGGUAUCCCAACUGAAUAUGGAGAAAAAGAAAAAUUGUGAAAUUCUAUUUUCAAAUGCUCAGAAAGAUGAAUCGAUUGAUAAUUACACUGAGUACAUAGUUGCAGCAUGUGAACAGCUUAAAACUUACAAUUCAAAAGAGGAAAUUAAACUUUUAAAUGAGAGACUAGGGCUAGCCUUCAACAACAGGGGGCUGGCCAAGUACAAACACGUGGAUUUUGAAGAUGCUAUCAAAGACUAUUCUAGUGCCCUUAUAUAUAAACCAAAAUGGCCAGUUGCACUGUAUAAUAGGGGUCUUAUCCAUUAUAGGCUAGGGAGAUUCAAAAAUGCAGCAGUUGACUUGGAAACUGCUUUUGCAAUAGACCCCAACUUUGCCGAUGUGAAGAAAUGCCUUGAACAUUGUUAUAACAGUAUCAAUGAGGGAAAAUGUUGAUGCUGCAAGGUCUACUUCUGGACAGAAUUCCAGUAAUGGUUAACAGAUACUGUAUUUGUCUUUAAUUUGGCAAGCGUUUUAAAGGAUGAGUGGCUUUAAGACCCUAUAAUUAGGCCCCAAGAUAUUUAGAAAAAUUGUACAGGAUAUCAAAGAAGAGACUUUGUUUGACAACCAGAUCCAAAAAUUAGGUCAUUCUGACAUUUAUAUUUCAAAAUAUAGGUCAUUCUAUUAACUUGUAUAAAAUGACAUUUUCAAGGAAAAAUCACUUUUUUCACAUCAUUAUUGUCAAUGUUUCUAUUUAUUAUCAAAGUAAUCAUUAUUUUCAGUCAUUUAAGACUUUAAUUGAUCCUGUUGCCAUUAUCUUACAUAAUAGUGACAAA